AUGGAAAAAUUGAAGAAGUCAUGCUCCAAACAUGAGACUCGUCUCUUGUCAGGAGUCGUCGAUCCUGCAAGCCUCAGGACAACAUUCAACGAUGUGCACGCUGACCCAAAUACCAUCGAGUCACUCAAGACUUUGACUUCAUUAACAUUGCUUCGCCCUGAAGCAUUUAGCUACGGUGUGCUCGCCGCCGAUCGCCUACCCGGUCUUCUCCUCUACGGUCCUCCAGGUACCGGUAAGACUUUGCUCGCCAAGGCUGUGGCCAAAGAAUCGUCAGCCACAGUACUCGAAGUCAGCGGCGCCCAAGUGUACGAAAAGUACGUUGGCGAGGGCGAGAAGAUGGUCAAUGCCGUUUUCUCUCUCGCCAAAAAGCUGUCUCCCUGCGUGGUCUUCAUUGACGAGGCCGACGCCCUCUUUGGCUCUCGCGGCGGUGCCAACAACCGUACCACGCACCGCGAGAUCAUCAACCAAUUCCUACGCGGUUGGGACGGUAUGGAUGACCACAGCGUAUUCAUGAUGGUCGCCACAAACCGUCCCUUCGAUCUCGACGAUGCUGUACUGCGUCGUCUACCACGUCGUCUGCUAGUUGAUCUCCCUCUCGCCAAAGACAGAGAAGGUAUCUUGAAAAUCCACUUGAAGGGCGAAACUCUAGAUCCUGCCGUCUCCCUCUCCGAUCUCGCCAAAAACACUCCCCUCUACUCUGGUUCCGAUCUCAAGAACCUGUGCGUGGCAGCCGCCCUAGCCGCCGUCCGCGACGAAAACAACCUUCUCGAAGCUGCGCGCAAGAAUGGCGACUCCGAUUUCAAGUUGCCCGAACGCCGCACCCUUGCACCUUCACAUUUCGAGAAGGCGCUCACAGAGAUUUCGGCUUCGGUGUCUGAAGACAUGGCAACGCUCGGUGCGAUCAGAAAGUUUGACGAGCAGUAUGGUGAGAAGAGAGCCAGGACCAAGAAACCGGGCUAUGGAUUUGGAUUGGGAGGGAGCAGUGCUAUUGACGAGACUGGCGCUAGAGUUAGACCCGAUGAGCCCAGUCGAUAG